UGUGGUUUAACCCACAGCGCCACCUGGGCCCAGCUCCAUUAGUGGGACCUUUUGCCUGCAAAGCACUUGCCUGAAAAUCUCUCCAACCGGCAAGUCAGAUGGUAAUAUUCCCUGGGCAACAGCACUUUCUCUUUCAAAGGAGUUUAGCUCAGGGGUGAAUUUGCUCCUUACCUGAGCUCUUGGCUGUGCCAGCUAUGUGUCAGUAUCCAAGUAACAGGGGGCGUGCCGCAAGAAAAUGCGGGCAUCCGAGGUGAUUUCUGAGGUCAGCUUUAAGAAACAGUUCCUGCAAGUUGAGUGAGGUUUGGGAGCAGCAGGGAAGGAGGACGAGAAGGGAGGACGCUGCCCCUUUUAGAAGAAGCUCUCGGUCUCAGAAUCGCUAAGCUCUUGUCGUAAUGUGAUCAGUUGUGACCAAAGAGCAUACUGCAGCCUCCAAUACAUCUGUAAGAUCCACAUCCCUCCAACACAGAGAAAGAUCACUGCAAACUGCUCCCAUUCUUGUCAGAAAGAUGCUGGAAGGUUGGAUAUUGACCAUCCUGGUAUCUGUCGGUGUCGGCUCCCUCCUGUUUAUGGUGGCGCUGGUGAUCCUCCUCAGAAACAACAUCCAUGCUACUAUGUUCUGGAAUGAAAUCGUGCUAGAGAAAAUUACCAACUUCGUCAUGGAUCAAAGCAAAGAGCAGCGGAUCUUAAACUCUGUGUCCUACAAUGCCGUCAAAGGGGAUCCCGAGAGCGUCCUGGACUGCAUUGACAACUACUGCUCCCAGAAGGAGUGGGCCAUGAACGUGGGCGAUGAGAAAGGUGUGAUCCUAGAUAAGGUCGUCGAGGAGGCGGAUCCUACCAUCGCUUUGGAAUUUGGAACGUACGUAGGCUACUCGGCGAUCAGGAUCGCUCGCCUUUUGAAACCAAAUGCCCGUCUUCUUACCAUCGAAUUCAAUCCCGAGUUUGCCUCCAUUGCCAGAGAGAUCAUCGAAAUUGCUGGACUCAGCGAGAAGAUCACAAUCAUCGAGGGCCAUUCUCAGGACAUCAUCCCGCAGCUAAGGGAAAAAUAUCAGGUGGACAAGGUCGAUUUUGUCUUUCUGGACCACUGGAAAGAAAGAUACUGUCCCGACACCAUCCUCCUUGAAGAAUGUGGCUACCUAAGGAAGGGCUCCAUCCUUCUGGCGGACAACAUCGUCUACCCGGGAGCUCCAGAUUUCGUCAAGUACAUCCGUAGCCACAAAAGCUUUGACUGCACUAACUACCCCUCUCACCUGGAGUACAUGAAAGUGGAGGACGCAAUGGAAAAGGCCGUUUACAUGGGAUGAGAGAGAGAGUAUUAAAACCUUUAGUGUCGAGCCACUGCUAGUAUGUGUGAGCACACAGCGUAGUCCUGUCUGUGGGCCGGCAUUAGCUUUCUGUAGUUUUUGGGCUUGUGGUUAAAGCAAAUUUGUCACAGUAGAACAAGUUGCAAAGAAGGCAAGUCAGCAGAACAACAAGGGAGCUUCUGUUAUGGUCAACUGAAUUCUUAGACCCACUGAAAUGAAUGAACAUGGCCAACCUAGGUUCACUGAUUUCAGUGGGUAUACCCAGAGUAGACCCUAGCAGGAUACAACCCCUUGUGUAUAAAUAGUUAGGUUAGGCAGCUAAGGAUCCAUCUGGGGGUGAUGGGCAGUUUUGUUACAUUUCUAUUUUAGCGAAUGGCCAUUUUCAUUGAUGGACCGCACCUAUUGGAUUUCUGCUUUUUACCCAGCAAUGCCAAAGCCCAGUGGCUCGCUCACUCGCUCUCUAUAUGGGUUAAGCUUGUCUUUGUGUUUCUCAGCCAAACAAGACCAAAUUGCCUUUGGAGACAGACAUGGCUUUGGAAAGGAGAAAUGGGAGCCCCUUCUGGGCGUACCCAGGAUCAAAGCUAGGGGGCAGACCAGCCACACACCCCAGCCACCUGAUUGGCUAGCUGACAAUGACGUGGCCAGGAUCCCCCCAGGAGGCAUGGUCAAUGUGCACGCCCCCCCCCAGAGAAAAGGGGGACAUUUGCAAGGCAGCAUACGGAGCCACCCGCGCUUGCACUCCUGCCUCGCCCGCUCCUUUAAUGGCAGCAGUGACUAAAACGAGGCAGCAGCUGCCUCCGUUGAAGGAAACCUGGACCUGGACCUGGGCUAACUUCAGCCCACACUCUUUCAAGUCACAGCGAGCACAGCACAGAAAGUGCUGCCCCACAAUGCUCCACGGCACUUCAUUUGCAUGUAUGCAAAUGAGAUGCUGCAUAACAUUGUGGGGCAGCACUUUCUGUGCUGUGCUCGCUGUGACUUGAAGGAGUGUGGGCUGAAGUUAGCCCAGGUCCAGGUUUCCUUCAACGGAGGCCGCUGCCGUUUCACUUCAGCCAAGCAGGCUGAGGCGGAUCACAGCAGGCAGCGCCCCUGCCUGUCCUCUCCAGCUGCCCUGCUUCUAGGGGAGGGCAUCUGCCCCCCUGCCCCAUGCUGGGUACGCCCAUGCCAAUGGUCAGGAGAGAUGGGAGUUGCAGCCCAUUGACACACCUGGGGAGAGGUUAUGCUGCUGCCUUGCAAACAGAUUAAAAGAAAAAAGAAAUGCUUGGAUUUAUGGUGGGUCCUUCAUCUGAACUGAUUGACGAUGGCCCUCGUGGUCCCUUCCAACUCUACAAUUCUUUGAUUCUAUGGAUUCUUACAAUGUUGUAGUAAUUGCAGAAAGAGAAGCCACUUCCUUCUACUAAAGGCCCAGAAUGUGCAGGUGACAAAGACCUUGAGGGAGGUGUAGCUGUUCUUCACUUUUAUCUCUUUGGACAUUGCUUGUAAACCAAGGGAAUCCUUCUGGAAUGAUCCAUGGGAAAUUCAUGUUGCUGCAGUCGAUAGCCGUGCUCCCAUUGGUUGAGCUGUCGUUCGUGUUCUGCACUGUAAAACCGCUGAGUGAUCUCCUCACUUCCCAAGGCGAGAGGGACCAAUGCAGAGAGGGUGAUGGUGUCUCUCUCCUCAUAGCUUUCAAUAAAUCCCCUGGCUAUCUACUCCCUGUUGCAGGCCCCAAAAGGGCAUAUAUAAUUCAGAUUUAUAAAUAAAAAAAUAGAUUUACCUACCCACCCAAAGAGAACCGUUUGUGUAAUUUGCCAUUCUUGCAUCACUCAUGCCUGUACUCUUUGAUAAAUUCUCGACAUUAUUACAGACUCUCUUAUAUAUCACAGACUUGUUUCAUUUCUUUCCGUGCUGCCUUUAAAGAUGCACCUAUCCCUGAGGGUAUAUAUGCA